AAAAAACAGGUUGAUGAAAGCGCGUGAGCGAAAACAGACGCAAAGGGAGCUGGAUGCUCUCCCCACCAGCUCAUUGUCUAAAUCCCAUCUUGUCUCAUCCUCCUACCUAAUAUCCCCCACCCUCUCUACACAACACACACAUCAGACCAACCAUCUCUUUUUUACUUUACUCCGGCGACUACCCGCCCUACAACAACAAUUAGCAGCUUACCCAUCUCUCUUUGUUUCACUUUUUUCACCACCCCUUUUCGAUCUUUCGUGUUUCGUUUUUCUUGUAUUUACAGUUGAUGACAAGCCGUAAGUUUUGGUCGGAGUCUCAAUUUCCGACUCCCCCGCUCGUCAAAUUAGAAGUUGAAGAUUCUUUCCAGGACCAACAUGCUCCUCUUCUUAAACGAUCUAAGCUCUCCUCUUCCACGCAGCAACAUGAAUCGGAAACUACUGCUUUUCCGGUACCCCCUUCACAAUAUAAUCCACUCGAUGAGCCAAGUCCUUUGGGUUUAAGGCUUAGAAAGAGCCCUUCCCUAUUAGAUUUGAUCCAAAUGAAGCUAUCUCACGGUAAUAAGACCAAGCUUGGGGCUCCUGUUAAGAAAGAACAAAAAGGUGUUGCUACUUCCAAUAGUAAUGAUAAACUCAAGGCUUCAAACUUUCCUGCUACACUUCUCAAAAUUGGAACGUGGGAGUAUAAGUCAAGACACGAAGGUGACUUAGUGGCCAAGUGUUACUUCGCGAAGCAUAAGCUUGUCUGGGAAGUUCUUGAUGGCGGUCUUAAAAAUAAGAUCGAAAUACAGUGGUCUGACAUUUUGGCACUGAAAGCAACUUAUCCUGAUGAUGAACCUGGGACUUUGGAUGUAGUGCUAUCAAGACAGCCUCUUUUCUUUAGGGAGACAAAUCCACAACCUAGGAAGCAUACCCUGUGGCAGGCAACAUCAGAUUUUACUGGGGAACAAGCAAGCAUGAACAGGAGACAUUACUUGCAAUGCCCACCAGGCUUGUUGGGGAAGCAUUUUGAAAAGCUCAUUCAGUGUGAUCCUCGUCUGAAUUAUCUGAGUCAGCAAGCUGAAAUUACUCUAAAAUCUCCAUAUUUUGAACCUAGGACUUCGGUGUUUGAUGAAUCUGAUGACGGCAACAGCAAGUAUGAUAUGAAUAGAGAUGGCAGGCCUCCGAUCUUUAACUUGCAGGAUGUGCCAUCGUCAUCUGGGCCUCAAUCUUCAUCCUCAAAGAAUGGACAAUAUGAUUUUCAUGGAACUCAUCAAGAGCAAUUUUCUCGAGAAACACCUUCACCUUCACCGAGCUCAGUUAUGGAAAAUGGUAUGAAUGAAGCAAGCAGUGGAACUGGGGAAUUGAAGAAUCUCAAUGGUUGGGAUAAUAUGAACGUCCCAGGACUUCACCCUUCAAUGUCAAUGAGUGAUCUAGUGAGCCACAUUGAACAUCGGUUUUCUGAGCACAGGACAUCCAACAAUCCUCUGUCCAAAGAUGAAAGAGAAAGUCUGGAUAUUCUGGAUGAGAUUAGCAAGUGCUUAUUUACUGACUCUCAACAUGUGCCAACAUCUGAUGAGAAGUCCAUCAUGACGAGAGUCAAUUCUCUUUAUAGCCUUCUGCAAAAAGAUCCUACACCACUUCAAGAUUUUAAUUUUAGAGGUGGCCACAGUAAUGAUAUGACUCUGAUGGAUAACAAGACGAAAUAUCAGUUGAAUUGCUUUGCACCGCAAGUCAAAAGUGAGGUUACUGAGGAUUCAUCGACACCACAUAGCGAGUCAGCUGAUGUGUCUGGGGAGGGUUUAGGUAUGUCCAGGAAGGAUUCCGUUGGAGAGCUGCUUCUCAACCUCCCACGAAUAGCAUCUUUGCCACAGUUCUUCUUUAACAUUUCUGAAGAUUUUAACAGUCAAGCUAGAUAAUUUGUCCCACCUGGAGGUAUCAGUGGUCUUCAAGUCGUGCACAUGAGUGGUAUUUUCUUGUUUGCUGGCAUAUAUAGCAUCUGUUGUAAUAAGUAGAUCACACUACUGUAGGUAUCUUUUUACAUCUAGCGAAGUUUGGGGAUUCCGAAAUAUAUAUAUUCAUGAAGAAUCCUCCUCUGUUUGUGUUAUGUUUUGACUCUGCUGUAAAUUACUAAAUUCUUGUUCUGCC